AUGUACAAAACAUCCUGCACUGGUCGUCAUCUCUUGACUUGUGCUUUUAAGAAAUCAUCAUCAGCACACAAGCUUUCACUUGCAUCAUCAUGUCAUCCAUCAUCUCAACAAUUUCAUACUCGUAAUAAUUACAUUCGUUCUUCUUCCUCUCAAACUUUUGAACCAUCUUCCAUUCGUGGUAGCUUUGAUCAAGAGUUGAUCACUGAAACAUUAUUCGAGAGAUUUGAAAAGAGAGUCGUUGAAAUGGGUGAUUCUCAUGCUCUCUUACAAGUAUGUGGAAAUGAACAUAAUAAUAAAAGAGAUCAACGAUUGACUUGGAGAGAAGUUUAUGAUCAAUCGUUGCAUUUGGCAAAUUCAUUACAUCGUUUGGGAUACAAAAAGAACGAUCGUAUCGGUAUCUGGAUGCCAAACUCUCACGAAUGGGUCAUUGUAUUAAUGGCAGCUUCAAAACUUGGUCUCAUUGUGGUCAAUGUCAAUCCUGCCUAUAGAAAACACGAAUUACAACAUGCUCUCAAUCUCGUUCAAUGCAAAGGUCUCAUCGUUGUUCCAGAAUUUAAAGGAACCAACUAUGUUCGAAUGCUCUAUGAUUUAUGUCCUGGAUUGGAAAAACAAUCUUCUCAUCCAGCAUUGAAUUUAGAUGCUUCCAAUGCUGUUCCAACUGUAGAGAGUGAAGCAUUGCCUCAUUUACGUCACAUUUUUUAUUGUUCUCCACUCAGUGCUGAUUUGACUAGUGAAAAACAUUACAAUGGAAUGAUUAAUUUUGUGGACUUGUUGAAUGUGCCACUUCCAAGAAAUUUUUCUCAACAAAGUUGGACGAAGGUGAAACAUUCAUGUCAUGAUACUUUGAAUAUUCAAUUUACAUCGGGAACGACAGGUCUUCCAAAGGCUGCUGCUCUCACCCAUUAUAACAUUAUUAACAAUUCAUAUUUCGUUGGACAAGGAAUGAAUUUACAAACAGGUCAGGACAAACUCGCUCUCUGUGUACCAUUCUAUCACUGUUUUGGUUCUAAUUUAGGAUUUUUGGCAUUCAUGUUGCAUGGAUGUGGAAUUGUGUUGCCUAGUUUUGGAUUUGAUGCUGAAGCAGCGUUGAAAGCUGUUCACAAUCACAAAUGUACUGCCUUACAUGGCGUUCCAACCAUGUUCAUUGCAGAAUUGGAACAUCCUAAUUUCAAAAACUAUGAUCUCUCUUCACUCCGUACAGGUAUUGUUGCUGGCUCUCUUUGUCCAAUGCCUCUCAUGAAACGUUGCAUUAAUGAAAUGCAUCUCACUCAGCUCACCAAUUGUUAUGGCAUGACUGAGACGAGUCCAGUUUCAUUCCAAACACAUAUUGAUGAUAGUUUGGAAGUUCGUACCACUUCUGUGGGUCGAAUUCAUCCACACGUCGAAGCACGAGUCGUGGAUCCAGAAACUGGUGCCAUUGUACCAUUUGGAACUCAGGGUGAAUUGCAUGUGAGAGGAUAUUUGGUGAUGAAAUAUUAUUGGGACCAACCAGAUGCGACUAGGAAGGUGAUUGAUAAGGAUGGAUGGAUGAAAACAGGUGACAUUGCUGUAUUUAGAAAAGAUGAAAAAGGACCUUAUUGCAGCAUUGAAGGAAGAAUUAAGGACAUUAUCAUUCGAGGAGGAGAAAAUAUUGUUCCAAGAGAAAUUGAAAACUUCCUCUAUUUACAUCCAGCCAUUAAGGAUGUUGCUAUUGUUGGUGUUCCAGAUGCCAAAUAUGGAGAACAAAUUUGUGCUUGUAUUAUUUUGAAGAGAGGUCAAUCACUCACACAAGAGGAAUUGAAUGACUAUUGUCACAAUCAAAUUGCUCACUACAAGAUUCCAAAAUAUGUCAUGUUUAUGGACGAAUUUCCAUUAACUGUUACAGGAAAGAUUCAAAAGUUUGUAUUGAGGGAUUGGGCUGCUGAGAAGUUAGGUUUGAAAAAGGAAUAG